AUGUCUUCUAAGAAGCAGAAAAGAGAUUCUACAUCUGGUGCAUCAACCCGCAAUUGCUCGAUUGCUACAUCGCUUGUUGAUUCCCGACCAUCGCCACUCAGGUUAGAGGGUCUAAUAAUUCUGUACUUGGUGCAUUCCACCCCGUUGGAUCAGAGCUUAGAAGAUCAAAUGGUGGAGCUGAGUUGUAGCAGAGAUGAAUUCUCAUCAGUAACAUUAGUUCAUGACGUAGAGACUUACUUUGAGGUUGAAAUGGCUGCAAUGACACUUGUUCGUUGGGGGUAUGCCUAA